AUGAACAAUUUAAUUAAAAGUAGCUGGUUCUAUAGAAAAAGAACCAAUAUUAUGCUAGGCACUUUGGCCUUGGGAUCCACUGGUUAUUUAGUAUUAAGAUACAAGCAGGAUUAAAAAUUUGAUCACCCAGUAGUGAAAGAAAUCAUCCGUUUAAUGGAAAGAAAUCAACAAGUUGUAGAAUUAAUAGGUUAUCCUUUGGAUACUAAAAUAGGUUUACGUAGUGUUUUUGAUAUCUAAAAUGAUAUUACAAAUUUAUAUUUUGUUGUAAUGGGACCUAAGGGUACUCUUUUGGUUGAUGCUUAAGCUUCAAGCAAAUCUCUUAAAGAAAUUAAGGAAAAGGAAGAUGAGAAGAAGAAAUUCUAUCUACCAGAUAAGGAAGUAUAUGAAAAGCUAAAAGAAUUAAAAGGGAACGAAGAAAAAUUGAAAGAAAUUAAAGUUAAUGAUGAUGAUAAAUUCUGGAAGUUAGAAUCAGUAUUUGCCGAUUUAGCAGGAUAGUACCGUAUAGCAAUCUAAUAAAAUGAAGAAGAAAAAAUAUUAAGAGAAAAAAAUUAAUCUAGCUUUGGCAAGGAUACUCUUCAAAAGAAUAACCAAAAUUAGUUUGUUCAAAAUGUAAUCACUCCUAGAAGCACCUAUUAAGAUUUAUGGGCUGAGCACAAAUAUAGAAACUUUAAAGAAAAUAUUGACUCAAGCACUUUAUCAGAAACCGAAUAAGAAGAGAGAAGAAGAUUCCGUUUGAACCAGUUGUACUAAAAGAUAGGCUAUAUCCGUAUUUGGAUGUUUGGUAUACUUAUAUUUGGUGGUAUGGGAACAUAUAUUUAUCUCAUGAAGAAUAAGCGUAAAUCAAUUUUGAACAGCUAAAUUCAUUAAUAAUCAAUGAAUUUAAUUAAGAAGUCUUCGAUAGCUAAAAAUCUUUUUGGAGCUACAAUCAAGUUUACAAGCAGUGUCAGAGGUGCUCAGAUAGAUAAAGAUGCUGAAUUUGAUAUGGAUAUUAUUGGUGAUAAGUUUAAUGGUAUUGCUAAAAUAAAGGGAACUUAGAAUGACAAUGGUACAUGGAAUAUAAAUGAAAUUGUAGUUGAAUAGAAAAGUGAUGAUGGUAAAAUUUUACAAAAAAAGAAAUUAAUAUGA